GGAAUUUGAUCCGGCAGCAGAUCCCCUCGUGACUCCUGAUCUGCUUCACUUCACUUUCACUCGUUGUCUCUGCAGGAGCUUUGAUGAGAGAUCAUCAUGAACACUUUAGUCUUUUUAUUUACUUUCCUGUCCGCAGCUUCAGCUCUCCACCUGUCUGGACAAGACGAGUUUCACUUCAAAUCAUGGAUGGAGCAGCACAGCAAACAGUACAGCAUGGAAGAGUACAACAUGAGACUCCAGAUAUUCACUGAAAACAAGAGGCUGAUUGAGAAACACAAUGCAGGAAACCAUUCCUUCUCACUGGGGCUGAACCAGUUUUCAGACAUGACAUUUACUGAAUUUCAAAAGGCUUUUCUCUGGUCUGCGCCACAGAACUGCUCUGCUACCAAGGGGAACUACCGCCAAAGCAACGGACUGUAUCCGGACUCCAUCGACUGGAGAAAGAAAGGAAACUAUGUAACAGCUGUGAAGAAUCAGGGAGGCUGUGGCAGUUGCUGGACAUUUUCAACCACCGGCUGUUUGGAGUCUGUUAUUGCGAUCAACAAAGGGAAGCUUGUACCGCUGUCAGAACAACAGCUGGUGGACUGCGCCCAGGCAUUCAACAAUCAUGGAUGCAACGGUGGCCUUCCCAGUCAAGCAUUUGAAUACAUCAUGUACAACAAGGGACUGAUGACAGAGGAGGACUACCCAUACACCGGUUAUGAUGGUGCAUGUGUGUAUAAACCAGACCUGGCUGCAGCGAUUGUGAAGAAUGUGGUGAACAUCACUGCAUAUGAUGAGAUGGGGAUGGUGGAUGCAGUCGGCACACGAAAUCCUGUCAGCUUUGCCUUUGAGGUGACCUCUGACUUCAUGCAUUACUCACAGGGCGUGUACACCAGCACUGAAUGCCACAAAACUGAAGACAAGGUCAACCAUGCCGUUUUAGCAGUUGGCUAUGGACAGAAAAAUGGCUCACCUUACUGGAUAGUGAAGAACUCAUGGGGAGGCAACUGGGGGAUUGACGGAUAUUUCCUCAUUGAACGUGGGAAUAACAUGUGCGGACUCGCUGCCUGCUCAUCUUUCCCGGAGGUGUGAUCUCUUAAGUGAGAGCAAACUACAAAAAGGGCUGAAAAGGGAGCAGAAUCCUGACUUUUUUAUUAUAAAUAAUGACUUUUGUUUAACCAGUAUCAUGCUGUGUUUUGAUUUACAGAAUAUUUUCACAAUGGAAGAGACACUAUGACAUGAUGAAUCCAGAUUAAUUAAAAUCUCAGAAAUUCUAGCCUAUAGCAACAAUCAUUCAAUUCAAUGCAGUUAUACUUUCAAAUAAAAUUCUGUGUAAUCGUU